CCGUCUGUCCUGUAGGUUCAUUCAAUCUCCCAUACACACAGACCCACUGCGAGACCGACACACACUCACUCACAGUCAGGCACGCAACUGCACUCAGUGAGGCUUGGGAAGUCAGAUCGCCUCCUCGCCUCGGCGCCUCCUCCGCUUCAGCCAGCCGGGUCUCCUCUGGGGCCCGGAGCUCCGCCGGGCCGCGCAGCCCUAGAAGAGGACGAGCUCGUCAGACCCCGGUCCCACCAUGGGCAAACGCGGGCGGCCGCGCAAGGAGGCGCGCUGCGAGGGCGCAGGGCUGGCCCCCACCGCGCCCCCGGCUGUGGCCGCGCCUCAGCCCCCUGCCCAGCCCGAGGAGCCCGCGGGGGCCAAGCUCAGGUGCCCCUUCUCGGACAUUUUCAACACCAGCGAGAACUCGAUGGAGAAGCACAUCAACACUUUUCUGCAGAACGUGCAGAUUCUGCUUGAGGCCGCCAGCUACCUGGAGCAGAUCGAGAAAGAAAACAAAAAGUGUGAACAUGGCUACGCGUCAACGUUUCCCUCCAUGCCGAGCCCCCGGCUGCAGCAUUCAAAGCCCCCACGGAGGUUGAGCCGGGCACAGAAACACAGCAGUGGAAGCAGCAACACCAGCACUGCCAACAGGUCUACACACAAUGAGCUGGAAAAGAAUCGACGAGCUCAUCUGCGCCUGUGUUUAGAACGCUUAAAAGUUUUGAUUCCACUAGGACCAGACUGCACCAGGCAUACAACACUUGGUUUGCUCAACAAAGCCAAAGCACACAUCAAGAAACUUGAAGAAGCUGAAAGGAAGAGCCAGCACCAGCUAGAGAACUUGGAAAGAGAACAGAGAUUUUUGAAGCGGCGACUGGAACAGCUCCAGGGUCCUCAGGAGAUGGAACGAAUACGAAUGGACAGCAUCGGAUCAACUAUUUCUUCAGAUCGCUCUGAUUCAGAGCGAGAGGAGAUUGAAGUGGAUGUUGAAAGCACAGAGUUCUCCCAUGGAGAAGUGGACAAUAUCAGUACCACCAGCAUCAGUGACAUUGAUGACCACAGCAGCCUGCAGAGUAUUGGGAGUGACGAGGGUUACUCCAGUGCCAGUGUCAAACUUUCAUUCACUUCCUAGAACCCAGCAUGAUAUAACAGUGCAGGGCAAAACAUUCACUGGGCCAAUUCAAUCCAAACAAUCUCUUAAAUUGGAUUCAUGAUGCAGUCUCCUCUUUAAAACUAAACAAAAUCAUACUUGAACAAAAAGGUUAGAAGACCUCUUUUUAAGCAAAUACUUAGCAAAAAGCGGGGUAGAGCCUCCCCAACAGAACAAAUAUUCAUAAUAUUUAUUUUUGAAAAUCACAGUUUCUAAUGGCAGCAGAAAACUUGUGUGAAAUUUUCUUGAUUUGAUUUGUUGAUUUGAAAUUGGAAAUUCCAUUCUUUUUUUCUUUUCUAGUUUGCUCCUAGUAUAUUGUGUAGAUGUAUUUAAGGAUGGGAUUAUGAACCCUUCCUGAGUUUAUGGUCCUAAAAAGAAAAUCAAAUCUCUAGUGAUGACAAGAUAAUCAGGCAUUAAUCUUGCAUAGCUAAAGAGCUAUUAAUACUCAGCCUGGGCCAGCCUAUCAUGAAGCCUGUGGAUGAUCAAUUCUUUAAUUAAAAAAAAUAAAUAAAAGCUCAUUUCAUGCUCUGCAAAAGGAGAGACUCCCAUGAAGCCUUUUGAAAGGGAUCAUCAUGCAGCUCAGCUUUCUGUUGGAUUCCAUGCUAAGCAAGCUAACCUUAUCCUGCCUUGUUAGCACUAGGGCAGCAACCCAACCGCCAGCUCCACAGUUAGCCACCCUUGAGGCCCUUGGGCAGCAUGGGGGCAGUCCAUGCAUGGCAGCCUCUACCACACAGGGCCUAUGCAUUCGGAUCGAGGGGCCAGAAGGGAAAGUUCCACGUGCCUCUUUGUCUGCGUGGGCCAGAAGGGUUGUGCACGCAGAUUAGCAGGCCAAGGUCUGAGCCACAGCAGCAUUUUUAUUUCAGAUUUUGAUAACUGUUUGUAUGUGUUGAAAACCAAAAUGACAUCUUUUUAAAGCUUGUCCAUAAAAAACAUAGAUGUCUUUUGUAGUGGAAAAAUGUGGGGAAAAAAAUCAUCUAUUUUGAUGCAGCAUUUGAUAAUGAUAAAACCCCUCACACCUCACUCUUUAUAGUGCACAAAAUGAAUGAGGUUUGGGCUAGGUAGAAAAAAGGUCAAUGCUGUUUUUGUUUUCUUUUAUAAUCAUUAUCUUUUACCAGCUUUUAACCAUUUCAUAUCUAUAGUAGACACACUAUCAUAGUUAACAUAGUUAAGUUCCGCACUUGUCUCAUUUUAAUGUAAAGAUUUGCUCCUGUUUUUCUACAGGCAGUCUCUCUCCUUCCUCACAGUCCCACUGUGCAGGUGCUAUGGUUGCUCUUAUUAAUAUUUUCAUAAACGUUAUUUUAAGCAAAAUUUCUAGCCUGCACUUUGAUGUCAUGUAUUCCCUUUGUCUUUCAAAUUCCCAAGUUUUCCCCUUGCUCUCUCCUCUCUCCCUUACCCCAGGAAGCCUUCUUGGAGACCUUACCCCUGGCUCUUUGAACUUUGUAUACUUUAAAUAAUUUAACUACCCUUAAUUACUUAAAAAAAAAAAGCUUUAUGGUUUUCAUAACUUAUUGCUGAUUUUAAUGGGUUGUUAAUUUCAGUCCUGUAGUUUUAUUUUGUUUAGAUAGGGCUGGGCAAGGAAAAAGAAAAUAAAGACAACCUUAUUUAGCAGUGCAGUUGAGUUGUGUGUGUAAUGUCAGACUAUCCUUUGUAAGUAGCACUUUAACAACGUUCACUGCUUCUAUAUAUGAAGUGUACCAUCUUGAUCAUACACAAUGCCUCAGCAUAUACUUACUUGUUCUUGUGCUCUUCCUGUGCCUCCAGAAAUUUUAUCCUUGAUUGUGCUAUGUUUGAGUGGAAGAAAUUCUUUGAAGUAGAUGUGUGAAAAACUGCAUGCCUUUAGAAGCCCAUUAUUAGAACUUGCUACUUCAGGUGCUGGAGACUUAAGGGAAAUCAUAAAUUGAUUUCUGUGGCCCAGGUAAAUUAUUUCUGGUUUCAUUUAAAAUUGCUCUUGGCUGGGUCAAAAUAUUGCUCUCUAUAUUGUAGUUGCUUACUUUGACUUUCCCAAGUAUAAGACAGUUUGAAGACUCUGCUAACUACCAUGGAAAGUAAGCAGAAGCCAGUGGCUAAGCUUCCAUUUUGUUAUCCCCACGGCAUUCACUUGCAUCACUUGCCUCGGGCUGGAACUGGGACUUCAUUCAGGUGAACUUGAGGUGCUGCCAUUUUGUUGUAUAUGUAUUGGAUGGUGGGCUGAGAAGCCUUUGUCACACACCUAGAGUACCUAUUUCAACUGCCCCCUAAAUUACUCCUUCCCUGGGUUGGUUUUACUUGGGGGAGGGGAGGUGGAUUGUAUGAGUAAGAAGUAUUUUUUAAAAGACAAAUCGACUUUGAAGAUACACGUUAAUUGCAAGAAAUAAAAAUUGUGAACGAAGAA